AUAUAUUUUUAUUUUUAUAGAGAAAACCCCAUAUAAAUAACAUUCCUCCAAAUUAAAUCACCUUCAUUGCAAAACUAAAAAAAUAUAGGUUAAUAAAAUCAAAAUUGCAACCUUGUUGACCAAUCAAGAAUAAGAAUAAGAACUACUGGUUAACGGCAUAAACAUUUAACUGGUGGUAUUAAAAUUUGACAAAAAUUACUCAUUUGACAUGAAUCAGAACUCUCCGGUUGUAACUCGCGGAGGAGCACAAAAAGCUAAAAUACAAACCCGAGCUAUGCUAAAAUCAGUCGAACAACGACGUCCAAACGCGACACUUCAAGAAGCAAAGCGUAAAGCAAAGUUGCUCAAGAUGCAGCAACAAUCACAACAGGAGAUUGUUGUUAAAGAUAUUUUCCAAAAUGCAAUGAGUGCAAUAAACUCUGUGCAGGGUUACACUGGGGUUAUAUAUGAUGAAUCUAUGUCCGAGCACAGAUGUCUUUGGGAUGGAAACUAUCCAGAACGACCUGAACGAUUUACCAGGAUAUUAGAAAGAUGUAAGUCGUUGGGCCUUCUUGAUCGGUGUCAAAGAAUACCUUCGCGAAGGGCAACAAAAGAUGAAAUCCUUCUAAAGCAUACUGAUGAGCAUUAUGAACUUUUGAAGACAACUGCAAACAUGAAAGAUGAAGCAAAACUGGAAGAUCUAAGUUCUCAAUUUGACUCAAUUUACCUGCAUCCGUCAACAUUCGAUUUGUCACUCCUAGCCACUGGUUGUACAAUUGAUUUAGUCGAAAAUGUUGUCAAUGGUAGUCUCCAAAAUGGAAUGGCAAUAAUAAGGCCGCCCGGCCAUCAUGCCAUGAAAGCUGAAUUUAAUGGAUAUUGUUUCUUUAACAAUGUGGCCAUUGCAGCGCAGUAUGCAUUGGAUAUUCUAAAACUUCAGAGAAUCUUGAUUGUCGAUUACGAUAUUCAUCAUGGCCAAGGAACACAACGAUUAUUUUACAAUGAUCCAAGAGUCCUUUAUUUUUCAACUCAUCGAUACGAUCAUGGAACUUUUUGGCCAAAUAUUAAAGAAUCAGAUUUUGAUGCAAUUGGUGAAGGUGCAGGCUUGGGAUAUAAUUUUAAUCUUCCAUUAAAUCAGCCAGGAAUGACUAAUAGCGAUUAUUUAGCUAUUUAUCAACAAAUCUUAAUUCCAGUUGCCGUUGAGUUUCAACCAGAGCUCAUUAUUGUAUCGGCAGGCUAUGAUGCUGCUCUGGGAUGUCCAGAGGGCGAAAUGGAAGUGACACCUGCAUUUUAUCCCCAUCUCCUUAAUUCUUUCGUUAAAUUAGCCCAAUCUAAAAUAGCAGUGAUUUUGGAAGGUGGUUACUGCCUGGAAUCAUUAGCAGAAGGUGCCGCUCUAACACUCAAAACUUUACUUGGAGACCCAUGCCCUCUUUAUGUGGAAGAUCUGACGCCACCUUGUGAGAGUGUUCAGGACACAAUUUUGAAUUGCAUUUACGCUCAUCGUCCGUUUUGGAGAUGUCUUCAGAUCCAGCAGACGUACACCAUGGAAGAACUAAAUAAUGUGAACCCUCAGCCAGAUUUACAUAAAGUUAGUCGAAUUUUUAUCGGAGGUCCACCUCUAGAAGAAAGGUUUCCCACAAGGGAUUGUUAUCCAGUUCAAAGUCCAGAAACAAUCCAAAAACUAGAUGCACGUUUGCAAUGGCUUAAAGCUGAAACGAAUCUUUCAGUGCCACCGGUUAGAGUUUGUUAUGUUUAUGAUGAAAUGAUGCUUGAACAUCAGAAUAUGUUCGAAGAAGGUCAUCCCGAGCAACCCAAGCGAAUUAAGACAAUUUAUGACAUGCAUUUUGAUUAUGGCCUUCUAAAACGAAUGGAGAAACUAAAAUCGCGUCAUGCAACAACAGAUGAGAUAUGCCUGGCUCAUACUCGUUCUCAUUUAAAUUCUAUGCGUCGCACUGGUGCUAAAGAAGAACUUGCGGCAAUCGGUGAAAAAUACAAUUCAGUAUACUUCCAUCCAAAAACUUUCGAAUGCGCUACUUUGGCUGCCGGUUCAGUAUUACAAGUAGUUGAUAGUGUUCUUAAGGGUGAAUCGCGAAGUGGAGUUUGUAUUGUUCGACCGCCUGGCCAUCAUGCUGAACCCGAUGUACCACAAGGAUUUUGUAUAUUUAACAAUAUAGCUAUAGCGGCACAAUAUGCCAUACGUGAUCACAAACUGAAGAGAGUUCUCAUUGUCGAUUGGGAUGUUCACCAUGGAAAUGGUACUCAACAUAUUUUUGAGAAUAACCCGAAUGUUCUAUACAUUAGUGUGCAUAGAUACGACAAUGCAACUUUCUUCCCCAAAAGCACUGAUGCCAAUUAUGAUGUUGUAGGCAAAGGACUGGGUGAAGGCUUCAAUGUUAAUAUUCCUUGGAAUAAAAAGGGAAUGGGCGAUGCUGAAUAUGUACUUGCAUUCCAACAAUUGAUCAUGCCAAUUGCUUAUGAGUUCAAUCCAGAACUUGUUUUAGUAUCAGCUGGCUUCGAUGCUGCGAUUGGUGAUCCUCUGGGCGGUUGUAAAGUAACACCAGAAGCAUAUGGCCUGUUCACACAUUGGCUUUCAGCCCUAGCAAAUGGACGUAUUAUUGUGUGCCUUGAGGGUGGCUAUAAUGUGAAUUCGAUUUCUUACGCUAUGACAAUGUGUACAAAGUCUUUGCUUGGCGAUCCAUUACCCCCGAUAAGCACGCCGAAUAUUUCUUCUAAGCCCUCGGCAGCUUAUAGUAGUUGUAUUGAAACAAUUCAAAACUGUCUAACGGUGCAGCAGCGCUACUGGAAUCACCUUAAGUUCAACAAGAAACUACCUGAAUGUUCAGGAGAAAAUAAUAAUGAGGAUUUUCUUUCUGCUACACUGAAAAAUUUAAAUAUUACUUCCGAUGAUGCUCAAGGCGCUGCAGGAGGUUCAAUUGGAAAAGCUCCAACUCCACCACCUCCUCUAGUUGAUGACGAACAACAGCCGGGGACCAGUAAACCUGCUGAGAAGGUAAAAACUUUGAAGGAAUUUGUUAGUGAGAAUCUCGAGGCACUGCAAAAUGAAGAGAUGUUUGCGGUUGUGCCGUUAAAGACUUGUCCACAUUUAUCUCAAUUGUGUCCACAGGAUGCACCGACAAUAAUAGACGUAACUACCCCAUGCUUUGAAUGCUCUUCCACUAUCGAAAAUUGGUUAUGCUUAAUUUGUGCCAAAACACUUUGCGGACGCUAUGUUAUGGAACACAUGUUAUACCAUAAUUUAGAAAGCAGUCAUUCUUUAGCAUUAAGUUAUAGUGAUUUGUCAGUUUGGUGUUAUCCGUGCGAGUCUUACAUUGACAAUAGUAAACUGCAUGUAUAUAAAAAUUUAGCUCAUCGAAAUAAAUUUGGCGUUGAUAUGGUAUGGUCUUAUGAGAAUGAAGACGUAGCCGAUAAUAGUGAUGAUGAUGAUGAAAGUAAUUAUAUCGUGUUACAUUCUAAAUGAUAUUUUCUUGGCUUUAUAUUUUUUAAGUACAGUUCAUUUAAAAUAUUAAUAUUAUAUAAAAGAUAUCUUAACUUAUCUUAUUUCUGUUAAAUUAUAUAUUGGCGGUUAUUUUGAGAUUAUUUAACAUCUAAUUAUUUUUUCGUUUAAAUAAAAGAAAAAUAAGAUUGUAGAUGAAUUAUUCAACAAUCAUAUGUAUAAGUAAUUAUUGAAAACAACAAAACUCGGCUAAAAUUUGUUGAAUUAUAUUCAUUGGGAUAUUUUUGUUUUAGUACAUUUAUUGAAAAAGGAAUUUAAUUUAGAUCGAAAUGCAAUAAGAUUGUUGGUGUUCAUUUUUAAUUCUUUCAGGUGCCAGUUCUAGUUUUCAUUAAAAAAUGCUAUAGUAAGGUUUUGAUACAACUUCUUCGAUCCUUAAAAUAAACUUCUUGAAAAAACGGAAAGUUUCAACUUUAAAAUAAAUUUUUCCCUUAUUAAGUUCUUUGUACUUCAUUAAUACAUCUCUAUGGUAGAAAUAACUGGGCAUUUACAAUUAUUUUUACAAAUGUAUAUGUAAUACAUAUAUAAUUUUGUUAAAUAAUUAUUAUUAACUUACGAAGAGGUAGGUAUGGUUAAGAGUACAAAACUGAAUUAUAUUAAAAGACGUUUGACUAACAAAAAUUGAAAGAAAAUUAAUUUUUUAGAGUUAUUGCACAUGUUUAGUUUGUUAACUUUUUUAAUUAAAAGGAAAACAAAAUAAUUAAAUUUAAUUUCAAAACUUUUUUUCUAUUGUCUUUAAAGUAUUCAUUGGCAUCUUACAAUAGCUCUUAUUAUACUCAAAAAUCUAACUAGCCAAUUCAAAUUGUUAUUUAUUUAUGAACUUCUAAACCUAUUAAUAUGUUGAAAUAAAAUCUAUAUUAUAUAAAUGUACAUUUAUAUAUUCUUCUA